AUGGCUCGCAUACCGAUGGGCAAGCGAAUGGUCAUCACCGUCGCCAAUGUACUCUUCCCACCACUAGCAGUCAUGUUGAUCACUGGACUCAACACCGACGUCCUCAUAAAUUGUGUUUUGUUCCUCCUCGUGGUGUUCCCCAGCCACAUUCACGGCCUCUACAUUUCCCUCACUUACUUCAAUCGAAAACGCAAGGUGCGAAAGGGCAUCUAUCCUGGAGACAAGAGGAGUGGCAUCUACAGCGAGAAGGUACAAAACGGUGGCGCUACUCGCCGAGAGGUCGCUAAGCUCAAGGCCGAGCGCGACUUUGGAAAGCUGGAGAAGAAGGAAAGCCGACAAAGCCGACCUGGUAUUCCCAGGCAGCUCAGCAACAGGAUUGAUGACUGGGAUGAUGGACUCAAGGAGGUUAUGUCGAGGGAGACCAGCCUUAAUCGCCAAAACGACUGUCCAAUCGUCUGGAGGACCAAGUCACAAGACGGCUUACAGCCAGAGAAGGUCGACGACGGGAACGAAAUGAUGAUGACAGCUAUGGUGACUCGACUGAGGUGCCUGAUGGCGUACCUGUACAAUCCGUUCGCAGGUGGAGAUGAACUUCUCCUCACAGCAAGCUUGGAAUACAUCCAUCCUGGACGAUAA